AUAUGUGUGUGUGUGUGUAAUGCCGUUAAUAUCAUAGAAGCAGGACAGAUGAUUCGAAUCUCAUAGAUCGGACAAAAAAUUGGGGAUUGUGGAGCUAAGCAAGGAGAAGAUCCCAUCUAUAUUGCUUCACCUUCAUUUUUGUAGUUUCUUUGGUAGCUUCCGGCGUCCGGUGAUUGAGAUCCGUCAAGUCGAGAUGGGAGUAGGUUUCGUGGUCGGUGUUUUCGGAGUUCUAAUUCUGGCUCAUGCUGCUUAUUCUACCAUUCAAUAUAGGAGCUUAUUGAAGAUCAUGCAGGAAGAGUUUUCUGGCCCUCCGUUUCAUGUGGCAGUCGAAUUGAUUCUAGGGUUAGUUUUGUCCAUGUGGGCUGCACUCACCGUGCCAGGGAAGUUUCACUCGAUAAAUCCAGAAGCCGAGGAGAAUAGGAUAGUUUCUCUUCCAGCAAAUCAAGAUUUUAUGGUCUUCAACCACCGAGGCAGACUAUUUCCCAAGCAAGCAGAUUUGAAACUGAAACACUGAGAUCUCUAUCAUGAUUAAAGUAGACCCAGGGGAAUCCAAGCUGGAAGCAGAAAUGGACGUUAAAGAUAGCUUAAAGGAGAUAUUGCUGCGUUCCAUUAAUCUAAUGUUCUCCUUCACUUGUUUAUUAUUUUGGAUACUGUGAGGUUUUUCCCAUGUUUAUUUUAUAGUCUCUGCCUCAAAACAAGGUUUUUCCAGUGUUAUUGAACUAGGUUCUUGAAUCAAUACUAAAGGUUAGUAUGUGUUUCUGCAGUCUGGCUAACUGAGAUCA